AAAACAAGUAAAAUCACACUGGCUCAUUAGCAAACUAAAAAAGACUUCAGUAAUGAAUGAGGGCUUUUUUUGUGUGUGUGUGUGUGUGUGUGUGUGUGUGUGUGUGUGUGUGUGUGUGUGUGUGUAAAAAUGUUGUGAAUAUUCUCCAAAGGAAGUCACUACUUUUGCAUUACAAAGGAAACUCUUGCUUGCAAGUUUUGUUUUGUUUCAAAGAGUGUGCGUUGUGUAAGAUUCCUUGUAAAUGACAUUAAAUUGGCACUUCAUGUCUGGAUGACAACCUGGUGAAAUUAAAAUGUAAACAAACUUACAGAAAAAUACAUAAGCAACUGAAGUCCUGCUGACAUCAUGUCAUACUUCCUGUUUACAUUUGCUGGUGAACUGCUGGCUGCGCCCUCUGCUGAAAGCCCUCAACCGGCCUCCGCUGUCUUUGCAUACACAAGGCAGCCUGGCUUUCUGUGGGAUCACUGAAGCAGCCAGCAGAGGGAGCAAUGUCACAAUAAAAACGUCAAAAUGAGUCAGAUGACAGGAGGAGGAGGAGGAGGAGGAGGGGGGAAAUCAAGUAUGUAAAGGUAACGUGUGCAAAACAAGUGCUGUAGUUCUGGUUACCAUAUCAAGGCCUAAAAGACUCCAACUUACUUAUUCUGGAUUAAAAGCUUGUACAUAUACGUGUGUAAGGACAUCUGACACAGCAGUCCUACCUACCUCUCCUGAAACCUGUACCAGCAAGCUACAGUAACAUAAGACAAAGUUCCUCUUUGUGGGUCAGUGAUGCAGCGGGAGUGACGCAGCAGUAGCAGCAGCCUCCAGAAGGCAACUUCGCACAGCAGGAACCGGGAACCUCUGCCAGAGCCAUAGUCCACAGACGGCAGUGACGAAGGGAAAGUGGUAAUGACCUGAUCCGGGCUAGAGGAAGAAUGGGAGCUGGGUAGUCGCUCUCCUCCUUCUAAACAAACACCAGAGAGGCUUCCACAGCGAAGGGACAGGCCCGGCAAGACCUUCCACACAAACGUUUUGAUGACUGUGGUGUCUCCAUGCCCUCACAACCUGAUGGAUAACGCUCACCCUCAAACUGUGCUUAGCAAGCUUAAUGAACAGCGUUUACAGGGCCUCUUCUGUGAUGUUACCAUUGUGGUGGAGGAUGUAAAGUUUCGGGCCCACAAGAACAUACUGGCAGCCUGCAGUGGGUACUUCAGGAACGCUCUGACGACUUCUGAGCCAUGGAACUCCAGCCAAGUGCUGGAGCUGAUGGACCUUAAGUCUGAAGUGUUUGCCUGUAUCCUCAACUUCAUAUACUGCUCGAAGGUGACAUCAUCUGAUGCAGAGGACACCAAGGGUGUCGUAGCAGCUGGAAGAAGACUCGGAAUUGCUUUUUUGGAGAAGCUCGCAGAACAAGAGAGACAGGAUGAAUGUGUUAAACCAGCAGAUUCUUGCACUGCCCCGGUGUCUGAAAAAAUAAAGAAAGCACCUCUUGGGCUUGAGGAGGUAGACAGCAGCAGAGGACCACGCAUCACCAAUGCCUUCUCAAUCACUGAAGUGUGUCCUGGAAACAAUCCUUUCACCCCUCUGGAUCAAGCAAACAGAGAGAGGCAGUCACCCGACUUGGGUCAGCUCCCAUCAAGUUGUUCUACAACAUCCUGCUUCAGCGGGAACAAUGAGACUACCCACGCCCUCUCCGAGCACUCAUAUGCAGUAUGCAAAUCCACUGAAGGCAAAGAUAGCAGUCAGUGUGACAGCAAGAAGGUCUGUAAGCCAGCUGUACCACAGCCAAAGCAACUCAUUUACAGGAAUAUAGGACCGCUUAAAAAGCGGCACAAGCUGAGAAGCAUUUUGGGUAAAAGCAUGCUUCCGACACCAGCCGAACCAGAAACCGACAAACCAAAUACAGUGACCCCCACAUUUACUGACGGUGCUACUGCAACACCUGCCACAGUUAUGACCCCGCCUCCGCUUUUUUCUGAGGCAGAAAAAAGCAUAGACACAGGGCCACCUAUGGCCACAGACACAGCUCCAAUGGAGCUGGGUCCGCCAACACUUUCCCCUCAGACAGAGGACAGUAUAUCAAUCUAUGGCUGUGAGCACUGUCCGGAGAUAUUCACAAAUAAAGCUCUUCUCACCAUUCACUCAGAGGUACAUAAAAAGCGUUUUGUUAGUCAUUUGUUUUGCAAGUUUUGCCACAGGAAGUUUAUACACCUCAAACGUCUGCGCAACCAUGAGCAGGUCUGUCCUAAGGCUUUGAGAGGCCCACCUAAACUAGAUGCCAGGGAUAGCUCAACCAAAGAGGUGGAUCACCAUUCCGAUGACGGAUCAGAAAUGGAAACCAACAUAUCCCAGCCUCCUCCCACCGACCUACCAAGCCCUCACACCCCAGAGCCCCUUCAAGUGGACCAAUCAGAGCCUCCACACGAUGAGAAGCCAAUGAAGAUAUAUGGUGGUCAGAGGAGAUAUAGCUGUAGUGUGUGUAAACGGGUUUACGUCACCCUAUCCAGUCUAAAGCGGCAUGAGAAUGUACAUUCCUGGCAGAGGGCCUACCCCUGUCAUUACUGUAACAAAGUAUUUGCCCUGGCAGAGUAUCGCACUAAGCAUGAAAUCUGGCACACAGGUGAACGCCGCUACCAGUGCAUUUUCUGCCUGGAGACAUUCAUGACAUACUAUAUCCUGAAGAACCAUCAGAAGUCCUUUCAUGGCAUUGAUCCCAGUCUGUCUGUUAAGAAAAAGUCUGCAAACGGUGGGCUAAAAUCCAACAUUUAUCCUCUCAAACUCUACAGGCUUCUACCCAUGAAGUUUAGAAAAAGACAAUACAAGACGUACAGUCACACGUAUUCAGAGAGAGCUGAAGGAGGUGAUCAAUCUGCAACAGACAGUAACUCUGUUAUCCCUCAAAUUGAAGAAAAUGGUCUCAACAGCCACUCUGACACUGCUUCAUUCCCUCUGACGUUCAUGGCAACGACAAAGAUGAUUUCACCUGUCAUGCCUCGCAUCAGCUUUGACAAGCCAUGUGACCAGGAUGGCGACCAAAAUCUAAACAGUGAGGUGGAAAUUCGAGGGGCCACAAGAAAAGAGGCAGAAAACAGAGGUCCACCCUUCUUUAGCUAUGACGGUUCCUUUUCUGUGCAACCCCAUGCAGAAUCUCCUGCAGGUUACAAAGAUAAUCCAUCUCCGUUAAUUAACUCAGAGCACAUGAGUCAUAAUAUGCCCUUCUUAAAGUCCUUGAACACUGUUAAAAAGCUAGGUGAGCUGUCAGCUUCUGCCAAAAGAGUCGAGGACAUGACCAAGGAGAUCCUUCAAUCGCACACAGAGAAUUUGUUGUGUGAUAAAACAUUGGGGGCAAAAACAGAAACAUACAUCGCUAAACCAGCAUGCCCAGGUCCAUCUUUUGACAGCGAUGCCAUGCCGCUGUGUCAGAUAACAGUCAAAAUUGGCAACGAAGCCAUUAUCCGACGCCAAAUCAAAGGAUCGAAACUAUUUCCCAGGAAAAAAAGGAGAAUUCGAGAACUGAGUGUGGAGCAGAGCCCAAGCCAGUGCCCUCUAACAAGGGAAGACUCAGAGAGUCCCAGGCUCCGCUUCAGACCAGAAGUUGCUGCCACCAGAGAGCCAGAGGCAUGCGAUGACCCGUCUGAUUGCGAGGGAGCAGAUAAGCUCUGGCGCCCCUACUAUUCCUAUAAAGCUAAAAAGAAAAGGAAGAAGCUCAGAUAUAAGCACAGAAAAGCCAUGUUUCACCAUUUUUCUGAAACAUCAGUAGAUAGAACUGCUGCUAGCGAGGCCCACCUGGAAAGAAGCAGUUGGCUGAGAGAAGAGAGCGUGUCGGUGAGCAGCACGAGGGUGAAGCACAGCGUUGGCAAGAACUGCAGCCCAAGGGCCACGUACAACUGUGAGAUCUGUGACAGCUCUUUUAUCACGGAGACCGGUCUGAGGGCUCAUGUCAUUGGCUCUCACCCCUGUUUCUGUCGAACCUGCGGUAAACAAGGCCCCCCCAGUGAGGCGCCCGCCGGCCGCGAUUACAUCUGCAGCAGCUGUAUGGAAAAUGGCUCCUGCUUCGAUAACACACCCCAGAGCCCCAACCGAGAGAAAAGGUACCGCUGCUCCUUCUGUCCCCAGCGCUUUCUCUACCUCGCCACGAAGAGAAGCCACGAGAAAAAACACAAGGAAGCGAACGAGGAGGGCUACACUUUUGACGACUUCGCACCGUGUUCGAAAUACUCUGCACACCAGAGCGAAGCCAACAGACAGGCAACCGUCAAAACAGAGGACAGUGACAAUCACGGGGCGACGAACAUAAAACAUGAAAGAGUGGAAGGGGAACAUUUUUCCGUUGAUGAGAAUCAGCCUAAAACUGAGGAGAAAACUGACUUAACGACUCUCCAUCAAGAUGUGUCAUAUUCCAGCAUUAAAAGCCCGUUAUCACCUUGCACUGACCCACUGUUUUCCCUUGCAGCCUCAAAGCUGAAACACAAAAUACCAAAAAAGAGGUUAAACACACAGCAUUCAAGUCACCUGGUUUCAAAAAGGCAAGCGUGCGACAGAGACAGUGACAGCAACACGGACGCUGUGACGGGACCAAGAACGAACAGUCACAGUGAACUCUUUAGAAGAAAUGACUCUGAUUCUAGAGGUGCCCACAUUUCCAUGCACAAGCCAGAGAAAUGGGUGUGCAAAGAGGAGCCGUUUUUUUAAAGGUCCAUGAGGACUGCAACCAGCUACAGGGAAGAUUAAGGAGAAAAGAAAAAAAAAAGCAAUUUGGUUAGGGAACAUAGGAUUUGCAAUGUUGUAUUUGCAACUUAGAGUGUUUGAAGGGACAGCAAACAGUAAACAUGAUGAUCUAAUUAUCCAUGUAAUCUCUUCCCUCCUAAACCAGACUCAGUAAGCUUUUGUUCAAGUUUUCUUUUUGUUUCUUGCAUAAUAUAGGACCUCUUGACACAGACUGUAUUUUGUCCAUUGUCUAUGCAUGUAAGGUAGACUCAGUGACAUGACAGAAAGCUCAUGGAAACAAAAUAAAUAAAUACAACUACUGGUGAUAUUUCUUCAAAACGAUGUGCAAUAUCAAAGCAGAGAGACAAAGUGUUGGAAAAUAUGUAAAAUCCGUCUAGUCUUCACUUUUCUAAGCCUGGAGAAAACCAUAUGAAUUUUCUGACUGUCACCUUUCUGAAUCUCCCUGUCAGCUAGCUGGACAUGGCGAGUUGCACUUUAUAGGUAGACUAUGCUAAUUUGUUCAUUUAAUACUUUGGAUAAGUCGAUUUCAAUUUGAAGCACCACUGAUGUAAUUUCAAUUUUUGAAUUAACUCAUUGCACCACUGAGAUUAAACUUAAUACUUUUGUGUGUUUAAUAUGUAUAAAACAUGUAAAAUUAUUUAAAUAAAUACUGUUGGAUAUUCUAAA